AUAUGAAAUUAUAUCUUUCCUAUAGCUAUCGAAUUAUCGAGAGCGCAUUCUCUGGUUGCAGGGGGAGAGGCCGCGAAAGACAAAGAAGUUGAUAUACACCAGGUUUACACCGACUUAAGGAUGUCCGAUAAUGAGAAUGAGGCACCUGCUCUGGAUACUGCCGACGCUGACGAGGAGGCUGAGGUGAUUCGGCCCGAGACAGCAGCAACCAGCACUUUUGACGGCGAUGUAGAUUUGCCAGACGGUGGCGAUGAGGGAGACGUUGGCGAGGGGGGCGCGGAGGUGGCCGCGGAACCGGACGAGCCCGAGCCAGCGGAACCGGAGCCGGCUGAGCCGGAGCCUGCCCCCGCGGCGGACCCCGAGCCCGAGCCGGAGGUGGAGGCUGCUGAGCCGGAGGCGGAGGCUGCUGAGCCGGAGGCGGAGGCUGCUGAGCCAGAGCCCGCGGCAAAAGAGGAGGAGGAAGAGGAGCCCGCAGCGAAGGAGGAGGAGGAGCCUGCGGCAAAGGAGGAGGAGGAGGAGGCGCCAGCCGCCAAGGAGGACGAGCCGGAGCCCGCCGCUGCCAAGGAGGCGGAGGCGGAGCUGGAGCCGGAGGCAAAGCCGGAGGCGGAGGCGGAGGCGGAGCCCGCCGCUUCCAAGGACGAGACGGAGGCCGAGGCGGCACCUGCCACUGCCGGCGAGGGUGGCGAGGAUGGCGAGGGCGGCGAGCGCGGCUACAAGGCGGGUGAGGAGGGUAGCACAUCGGUCAAGUCUGCCAAGUCGGAGGCAGUGGGCUCCACCUCCGUCAAGUCGGCCAAGUCGGAGGCAGUGGGCUCCACCUCCGUCAAGUCGGCCAAGUCGGAGGCAGUGGGCUCCACCUCCGUCAAGUCGGCCAAGUCGGAGGCAGUGGGCUCCACCUCCGUCAAGUCGGCGAAGUCAGAGGCAGUGGGCUCCACCUCUGUUAAGUCCAAUGCAGCCGGCGAGCACCCAGACGUGGUCACUGACAUCAACGACAGCCCCGAGGCGCAUGCCGAGGUGGACGAGAUGGCGCAGGCGCAGGCGCGCGAGGUGAUGCGCUCCCGGCAGAACAGCAUGGUGGGCGAGCAGCCGAAGCUGAAGCCGUCGCCGUCGCAGGACGAGCGCCGCCGCUCCAGCGGCACCAACGCUAGUGUCCGCUCCGCCGCUACGCCGCCCACCAAGAAGGAGCAGCAGGCACCCAAUGAGAGCCUGGCGCCCAUGUCCGUGCACCCACCCUCGCCCUCCAAGAUCAAGCAGGGGCCGUGGCUCAGUGGCACCUACAAGCUGCCCAAGUCGGGCAAGAUCAUCUCUGGCGAGGAGCUGUGCGACGCGCUGCUGCGCAUGACCAACGCCUACGUGGACAAGAUGACACAGGAGCAGGGCGGCAAGAGCAUCCCGCCCGAGGCCGCCACCGUCUUCAACACCAAGAAGAUUUCUCAGGACGAGUACGACGCCAUGAUCACGCGCCUGUACAAGCCCAAGGACCGCAGCGUGACCGACAGCGACCGCAUCCAGCUCAUGACGCUCAAGUACACGGAGGAGGGCAAGGAGACCUGGCAGCCGGUGAAGCAGGUGACGCAGGAGGACCAGCAGGCCUACAUGUGCAACCUGUACCAGCGCUGCCUGGACAACCGCAAGAAGACGCAGGAGGAGCUGGCGGCCAAGUACCUCAAGCCGCUAGGGCAGCCGCGCAAGUUCUGAGCGGUUGCUUAGCUGUGACUGGGUUGUGGCUGAGCUGUGGUGGCGGGCAUGGCUUUGCUGACAGGCGGCUUGUGGCGGUGCGGAGCACAGUGGGGCGGUGGUGGCGGGAUCGGACUGAAGAUGGGAGUGAGGGCGUGGAGUAGCAUAGGGACGAGCAACGGCCGACGGGUAUCUCCUCCCUGGACAGGCAUGUGAAGAAGGGCUGAGAGGUGUGGGCCAUGUGACGGGUCGGAGCCCACAGCGUCACGUUGUUGUUGGGGCGAAAGCUGCCUGCGUGUCAGACCACCCAAGGUCCCAAGCAGCGGCGCAGGGCCCGCUGCGGUUAUAGGCUGUACAAAGCGUGCAUAGGGGUGUCGCUGAAAGAAACAAUCAUGUUUACCGUAUGCCAUUUAAAUUGAGCAGCAGGUGCCGCAUAAAUGGCGGCACAGCUGUAGCCUGGGCUACAUGACUGUGUGCGUGGCACUGGUGCACCAAGCGCAUCCUGCUUUUAGAGGGCAGCACGACUCGGCAAACGUGUAACAUAAACCGUUG